GGAAGACCAAUUAUUUGGAAGGAAAGUAUAUGAUACCAAAAACUAAAACUGACGAUGCCAUAUAGCUACCCAUAGAGUUGGGAAGGGACUGAAAGUCGAAUGAGUCUACUGUGAUGUCUAUCGCUAAUGUUCAACAUGCUUUGAAAUAUAAUACGGGAAAAGGUAUAAGUCCUUAAUGGCAUCUCGUUUGGAUCGUGAAAUAUAAAUGAUUCGCUGUUUAUCACGACUUGUAAAAUCAUAUCCACGUCGUAGCUGAGAGGGAAGUUUACUCAACGCCUCCUUUUCCCAACAUUCUGCUGACUUUCAGACUGUGUGAUGCCACCGGGUAUGGGCAUAUAUGAGAGAACCUCCAAAGUGCUAUCGUAAGAUUAUCGGCUAGCCUUUUAUCCGGAACCUUGAGUUUCUCACCAGUCUGAGCUCCGCAUGGCAUACAUUUGUUUUAAUCUUUAUUUCCACCCUUCCAAGCUCAAUGUCCCUUCCCUUUUGCGUUCUUGAUAGCUUCAGACAGGAAGAUUUUAAGCGAGAGUAAGGUUAGGGUAACUAACCUUAACCCUGGGUGCGUACGCAAGGGAUAGUUAACUACUCCCUAUUAUAGAAUAAGGUUUUGAAUAUGUAAUUGGAUGAAUUGCAAAAGUAGAUUGAUGAGUUGAAGAUUUCUAAUCUAUUUUAGUUAAUUCUCUACUAGAAUAUAACAAAUAAUAAAUAACCUUAAUUCAAAUGGGCUUAAGGUACAAAGUACCUCGGUUUUAGACGGUAGACUUGCCGCUUUUGAUUUCCCAUUAGAUUGGACUGCUGAAAUUCUUGGCGAUACAACCUCACAAUUCCACUUACGCCCAUCUAAAACCUGCAAAGUAGGUACUCAACGUAUCGGGCAUCAAUCUUGCCUCACACUCACUCCUCAUUAUCUUUACUUAAGGCGUUGUCACUCAUUCUACCUCUUCAGAUUACACUACAUCGGACUCCUUCUCCAUCGGUAUGUCUUCAUCCUCAACCCCAAUAGCAAACCCCACGUGGGUGGACAAGAACACAAAUACCACCUUAUUCAUGUUUUCGGCCUUGUUCAUCCUGAUCUGGCCCGGAAUCCAAGGGACAAGAUCUUCCAAUCGAGGUAAUACAACAAGCCGAAAAAUCCAAACAACUGGUGUUCGUGUUCCUUACUUUCGGGACCCUUAGCUACUCUGUUUCCGGCCCGAGACCGCUCUACACCCGAACGCCUCUACCAAUAUCCUCACGACUCAAGUGUCACGAACUCUGACACCAAAAGCAAUCAAUCUAAUCUACUUUAUACUACCUUACGUGUGCACGUUCGACAGGUACAUACAAUCAUAAGCCUCAGUACACCUUGCACCGCCCUUUUUCGUUUGUACUUCUAGUUCCUAUCCGCCAUUAUCCGAGACUUAAAAUUAAUACCGACAUGGCAUUUAUUAUCGAACUUUGGAAAUACCUUAAAAGAGAUUAAUGCGGGGAUACACAAACAUGGGGAAAUGCUUAUUUCUCAUGUCGUGAUGCUUGGGAGCGUACAUUAUACUUCAAAAACAACCUUAAUUGCAUCCUAUGGGAUCAAUUACCGCAGUGUCGUCGACGAUCUUGUAGAUAUUUUUCGAUUCACCGCCCCUUCUCGUUGAAAAUUUCUGAAGUCGAUGUUUUCAAAGGCGGAUGGAGUUCACCCUUUUCAGAGCUCCCAUAAUGUUAUUUACUCAAGUUGGGUAUAGAAGGAGGAUUUCCUCGUGUAAUUCAAGGAGAUUUUUGGAAAGUAAGCACGCCCGUUGAAUCGAUAGUCAUUGGCCAAUCAUCUUUUAGGAUACCAAGGGGGGCUAAAAUAUUUGUUUGGAUGUUUU